UAUGUCUGCUAGUUAUGCAAACAAAGAUCAAAAUUGCCAGUAGCUAUUCAGUACGUUUUACAAUCAAAUGUGUAUACAAACACAUUCAAUGUGUGUUUAAAUUUGCGAUUUGUGAGAAAUGUGAAUGAUAUAUGUUUAAACUUAGAAGUUACCUAUUUACGAGAAAAGUUUAAUAUUUUGUAAGGUUUUAGCAUAGGUACUUAAUAGGUACCUAAAUCCUCAUUAAUUUUGAGAAAUGGUGUUAGCGAAUUGACGAUAUAUGUAAAGAUAAUUUGAAAAUGUGUUAUAGUUUUUCAAUAAAAAAAAGUUUUGCUAAAAUAGUCGUCAGAAAAAUAUGUGUUAACGGGCUUAUUAUAUACUGUCUUGCUUUGUUAUUAUUUUUAAUUUAUAAAUACGCUUGGAAUGAGGAUAAUAACGUGCCGUUUACUUCUGAUCAUAGUGAAAUAUUGAAGUCUACAAAUCUAAACGACCACAAAUUAAUUGUAAAGCAAUAUUUUGAAAUGAGGAAGUAUUGGAAGACAUCGAAUCUCGGAUCGUUAAUUUUCAAAAAUGAAACCCUGAUCACAUACCGGGAGAAAGAGAAAACCUUUAUCAUUUUAGUGUGGAAGUAUUGGAAUUGGUUGCGAUUGCGACACGUUAAUUAUUAUGGCAAGAAAAACCGGAGUGACGCGAACAUACUUCAUGAUUGCAGCGUUAAAAACUGCAUUUUCACAGGAGACAAUAAUACCAUUGAUAGUGUCGAUGCUGUUUUAGUGCAUAUGAUGCAUGGAGAUUAUCCCCAGGUUGAACAAAGGAAUAGAAAACAAAUUUGGGUAUUCCUUAAUGAUGAGUCACCCCGUUACGCUUUUUCGUUGACAAAGUUCCGACCGCAUUUUAGAAAAUUUUCCAAUAUUUUCAAUUGGUCCAUGAGUUACAGGACCAAUUCGGAUAUCCCCGUACCCUACGGCCGUACUGUGGCGCUAGAAAAACCUAAAAAAGAAAAUAUCACAUACAGCUCGAUCGCUGAAUUGAUACCAAACUUACAGUUCAAACGAUCAGAUAUACUAGUGGCCGUUAUUAUGUCGAACUGCAAGGUUCAGUAUAGAAUGAAGUUUUUGGAAGAAAUGCAGAAGUAUAUUAAAAUUGACAUUUAUGGGAGGUGUUCACCUGAUAAUAAGACUCGAUGUCCAGGUCAUUUUAAAGCAGACUGUAACACUGUUGAUCAGUACUAUUUCUACUUAGUUAUGGAGAAUUCUAUGUGCCGGCAAUAUUUAUCUGAAAAAGUUUUCCAUCAUGCGUACUCCAAAGGAGCAAUUCCGAUUCUACUUGGGCCUUCCUUACACGACUGCAAGACGUUGCUACCACCAAAUUCAUACAUACAUUCCGAUGAUUUCUUAUCGCAUAAGGAACUUGCGGCAAAGAUAAAAAGUGUUAUUACGAAUCCAAAAGAUUUUUUCUCCUACCACCUAUGGAGGAACCAUUUCAUGGUAUUGAAUGAACACGGCUACUUCGGAACCAAGUCUAAACAUUUGUGUAGAUUAUGUCAGGCAUUAAACUAUAACGACGAAAAGGAAAAGAUCUAUAGAUUCCAAGAUCUGCGUCUAUUUUUUGACGUCGACGUCUUGUGUAUGUUGGGCGUAUAGAAGUAACUAUAAAAAUAAAAUGAUGGCAACGUCGUGCUGGUUUUGACUUUUGUUAUUAAUAUUUUAAGUAUUAAGAAAACAUAUUAAGAACUUAUUAAAUUAGAAACAAGGCCGCUUAGUUUUAUUCCACCUACUUUACCUAUAGUCAGUUGA